CUAUUAACACCCCAGUGACUAAGUUUUCCUUUCCUGGUGGCUUUAGUUCUUUUAUUUGGUUUCAUUUGUUUCUGCAUUUUUGUUCCCUUAAUUUCUUGACGCCUAAGGCCAGUUUACAUGUUGAGAAUAAUGCCUUGGGUGUAUCUCCUAUUGCAAGAGAGGACCCUUCGGAUUCUAUUCCAUUAGAUAACACACCUAGCCCCUGUUCACAGAUGCAACCUUCUUUGGAAUCAGGAUCCUUAAACACUCUAGCUGAUGUACACAGUUUUGAACCUUUACAGGUUGUUUUUCCAGAAGAGGAGGAUCACAGACAAACAGACUCUAGAGCAUGCCAAUCAGAUUCAGAGCUUUUUAGUAAGGAGGACAGCCUGGACUUUCAAUUGUUCUUUAGAGACAGUGCAAAGUUCGACCCGGACCCGGAACCAUGGAGAGAAUGGUACCCGGAUGAUGGUAUCGAGCCUGAUGACCACCUACAGCGGUGGGGAGGUCCAAAGGGACUUACUACUGCACUCAUUCGUAAUAAUGAUCAGGGGCGGAUCAUUUUCGAGAGGGGAUGUGCUAGAGGCUCUAGCCCCCCAGCUCCUAGAAGGAGUCUUAGGCUUGCAAGGCGACGUCGUCUUCCUUCUCCAAGUCGAUCAGAGAUUUCUUUGGAAUCGGAAGACCAAUGGAGGUUUUGAGCUUCUGAUUAUUGUGUUAAGGGGAGCUAUCUUGCUUUUAUCUCUUUGUUGGCAUCUUCAUUGGUGGUAGUCCUAUUGUUUAAUCUAUCUUUGAGGAGGUAUACGUGCUAGGGACAGCAGAACAUGGUAUUGCACACUCCGUAUUACUCAUUCAAAAAUCUUUUCAAUGUUGGAAGUUGCAACUUGUUUGUAAAGUAUUUGGACCUUCUAUCCAAGCAAACCAAGGUGUCCUAUUGUGCUCACUUUGAACCUGGAAUGGUUGUGGCAUCUCUCUGUUUUCUUGCUCUUGGAUUCUUUUUCUUGGCUUUUUGUUUUAGCUUCUUUAUGUGUAUCUCGUAUUGGAUUGGCUAUUCUUGCUUUGGCUUUACUGUUGGGGACCGAGCCACCCCUCUUUCCUUUUAUUUUUAUUUUAAUAAAAUUUUCUUCUUAAA